AUGACAUGGGCUCCCCCACAGUCUUUACCUGGAAUGCCAUGGGCUUCCCCCCAUGGUCUGAUAUCUAACUGCCACGGGCACCCCCCAGGGUCUUCCAUGCAAGUAUCACAGAGACAACUAGCAAACCACAUAACACAUCAUCGUCAGUUCGAUGUUGCUAAUUUUUGCUUAUAUUUUUUGAUAAUGGCCAAGUCUGGAAGUAAGAGCUCAAAGAGCCGGCUGAGGUACGGCGGUGGUGGGAGCAAGCAGGUAAACAAUCAAAACCACAUUACACCGCCGCUGGCGGAGGUUAAGGAUAACAGAUACGUAUUUGCCACAGCGACACCUAACUCUGCUCAAUAUCCUAACACUAAACAUUAUAUUCCACCAAUUCAUCCUCCAUAUUACCGGUACCCACCACCGCCGCCUGCAACACCCUUUCCUUCACCAUAUUACGACCACCACCGCAUGGCUAUGGACCCAGCAAAGCAGGUGUUGGUCGGUGGUAGGUAUCCUUGUGGGCAUGAACAGAGUGUGUCUAUAAAGAACGCGAUUAAUAUAAAGAAAGAAACCUUGAAGAUCAAACCCGAUCAAGAAGACCCUGAAAGAUACCUUGUUGAAUUCACGUAUGAUGCCUCUAUUGCUGGCAGAAUUACCCUUCAUUUCUUUGAAAAAUGGGGAGAAAACUAUAACAUGAAUCCAACAGAAGAGCUGCUUCCACCAAUCACAGUGGUUUUCCAACAAGGUUUGGGACAGAAAUAUAUACAGGAAUCCAGAACUGGAAUAGACCUUUCCGUAUAUAAGGUAGGUAUACCAGAGGUAUAUCAUUUAGGGAUCAAGGCACAAGCAACUCCAUGCAUAUCACAAGAUGGAAGUUCUAAUAGUGGAACUACUAUCUUCCAAUUAACUUUAGCAGUGUUUGAGAAGAAGAAAGGUGAAUGCCAGAUUAGGGUUACAAACCAGAUCUUAUGGGUGAAUGGAGUGGAGUAUGUGUUGCAUGAUAUCUGUGAAUUUGUUCAUGACACUACUCUCCUCCUUGGCCAGCAUCAUAUUGCUCCACAAUUGGACAACAAUCCUCGGCGUAUUUAUGAAAUGCCAAAAAAUCCAGCUAACGUUCGUGUCAACUUGAAUGAACGUAGAAUUGGCAAGUUGUUGUUUUAUAAUAAAGAAAUUGGGAGGGGGAGUAAUGGGACAAUUGUAUUGAAGGGUUAUUAUGAUGGGAGGGAGGUUGCUGUGAAAAGGAUUGUGAAGCAACAUUAUGAUGUUGCUCUGAAAGAGAUACAAAAUCUUAUUGUAUCUGAUCAACACCCUAAUAUUGUGAGGUUGUAUGGUGUGGAGUACGAUCAAGAUUUUGUUUAUAUUGCUCUCGAGAGGUGUGUAUGUAGCUUACAUGAUUUGAUAUUGUCACUUGCUAAUUCGAGUGUUGAAUUGCAACCGAUGAUGAAAGGUUUUAAGGAUUUGAAAUUAUGGGAGUGCAAUGGGUACCCUUCACCGCCAUUGUUGAAAGUAAUGAGGGACACAGUUAGAGGACUUGGCCAUUUACACAAACAUAGAAUCAUUCACCGUGAUUUAAAGCCUGAAAAUGUCUUAAUACACAAAGCCACAUCUAUUAGUGCAAAAGUCUCGGAUAUGGGCAUUAGCAAACGCCUAUCCGCCGAUAAAUCUUCUUUAACAAAAAGCACAACAGGCAUUGGGAGCUCUGGGUGGCAACCACCUGAGCGACUCUUGAAUAAAGAAGGACAAACGAGUGCUGUGGAUUUGUUCAGUUUAGGGUGUCUGAUUUUCUUUUGUAUAACUCAUGGUCGCCACCCAUUCGGUAAGGAUGAGGAUGGGCGUGAUGGAAGAAUUAAGAAAGGGGAGAAAAGUAUGUCAUUAGUAAAAAAAUAUCCUGAAGCCCAUCAUCUUAUCUCUCGUCUCCUUGAUCCCGAUCCUAAAUCCAGACCAAAAGCCGUAGAAGUGUACCACCACCCUCUCUUCUGGGACCCUGAUACCCGUCUCUCCUUCCUCCGAGACGCAAGUGACCGCAUAGAGUUAGAAGACCGCAAAAACGAUUCUGAUAUCCUAAAAUCACUCAAAAGCAUCGGAGAUUACAGAAAUUGGGACAAAAAACUACACAAGAGACUCAUAAAAAACAUUGAACAUCACAGAGAAUACAACUAUGACGACGUAUGUGAUUUAUUACGAGCCAUAAGAAACAAAUAUAAUCACUAUGGACAACUUUCGAAAAAACUGCAACGUAUGUUGGGGGAGGUCCCCACAAAAUUCGAUGGAUAUUUUAGCAGCCGGUUUCCGAAACUUGUUAUAGAAACAUAUAAUGUUUUGAAAGGGUAUAGUGUGGAAGGAGAGAUUCUUCAUAAGUAUUAUAAACAAUAUCAAUUUUAAUUUGUAAAAGUGUUGUUGAAUGUCGAUGAUGGUCUAUUGUCAUGAAAUGUGACAUGUAUAUAGUUUCUAUAUAGUGUGGAAGGAGAG